GCAAGCGAGAGGGGCGAAGAAGAAGAGGACGGGGACAAGCACAUCUAUCCUGUGACUCCAAGCUUGGCAUCUCCCCACUCCCACACUGUUUCUUCUUCCCAUCCCCUGCCCUGCCCUCCCCCCGCAUGCCACUCGCGUGCCGCCCCAGUCCGUUGGUUGGUUGCAACGACGCCUCCUCCUCCUGCCGCAUUGUGCCCACCCUUCGUCUUCUUUAGCCUGAGCCCGGACGCGCACAUACCAGAGAGAGAGACACGCACAAGCAGAGCGCCGCUCUGCGACCCCGCAUUGCCCCAAGAAACGCGCGCCGCGGAGAUUGCGUCCCUCCCCUCCUCGCUCCGGCAGGCGGCAGCGCAUGCCCGCCGCGACGGGCUGACGGCGGCGCAGUCGGCGAUGCGGUUCACGGCGGGGGGCUCGUCGACGCGGUCGUGGCAGCCCAAGCCGACGGCGGACACCACGGACCUGCGCUUCUGGCUGACCUGGCGGGUGGCGGUGUGCGCGCUCUGGGUGCUCUGCUGCGUCGCCGCCGCCGCCUACCUCAUCUGGCGCCACGAGGGACCCCGCGCGCACCGCCGCCCCGGCGCCGCCAAGCAGGACACGGCGCGGCGAAGGCCGGACGGGCUGCUGUACGACGACGAGGCGUGGCGGCCGUGCCUCCGCGACAUCCACCCGGCCUGGCUGCUCGCCUACAGGCUCGUCUCCUUCUUCGUCCUCUUCAGCCUCCUCAUCGUCAUCGUCAUCUCCGACGGCGGCAACAUCUUCUACUACUACACCCAGUGGACCUUCAUUCUGGUGACGGUUUACUUCGGGCUUGCGACGACGCUUUCGAUCUACGGGUGCAGCAAGUUCGCCGCGUGCAAUGCCGUGGCGGCGAUGUCCGACGCCGAGCAGGGUCCCUACGCCGUCCACGGGGCCGCCCCGAAGCCGAUCGUCGACGGGGAGGACGACGGCACGAGGGAGGUCGCCGGGUUCUGGGGGUACCUGCUGCAGAUCAUCUAUCAGACAAAUGCAGGAGCUGUGAUGCUUACAGACUGCGUCUUCUGGUUCAUCAUUUUCCCAUUCCUCACCGUAAAAGAUUACAGUAUGAAUUUUCUACUGAUAGGAAUGCACUCGGUCAACGCUGUUUUCCUGCUCGGCGAAGCAUCGCUAAAUAGCCUGCGCUUCCCGUGGUUCCGGAUCGCGUAUUUCUUCCUUUAUACGGCGCUUUACGUUGUUUUCCAGUGGAUCGUCCAUGCAUCUACUCCAACCUGGUGGCCCUACCCGUUCCUCGACCUCUCGUCUAAUCUGGCGCCUUUGUGGUACUUUGCGGUCGCGUUCAUGCAACUGCCAUGCUACUUGAUCUUCAGACUGGUGAUGAACCUGAAACACCACCUUCUCGCCAAGCAUUUCCCGGAUAGCAUGGUCCUAGGAUACUAGCAUCGGUGAACAAACAUCCAUGCCGGUCUUCUUCCUUCGACCCUCCACGCGAAAAAAGGCGGUGCGAAUCGGCAGGAAGAACGACAACCGGACAAUGGCGGCGUGGCAGUAAAUCGGGUGGUGUGGCAGUAGAUUGUUUGCGAGAAAUCUUAGUUUCUUACGCAUUUGCGCGCCUCUCCUGCAAAAAAAGGGGAUAGGGGAGCGUGCACGUGCCUUUUAUACGGGUAUAGUUUCGUGACGGUAAAUCGGGGGUCACGGGUGAUCAGAGUUUUUGCAGUAACUGGGAGUGAAAGGAGAAAACCAAAGAAGAAUGUGUACAUAUACCUACCGCUUGGUUGAUUGGUUGGUGAAAUGGAGAUAUUGUUGGCUAA